CCUUCUUUCAGCUUGAACUCCCCACAAGGUGAAGUAAGACAGAAGGAGUGGAAAGACGGAGGAAGAAAGGGGCGGCGUUUGGAGGAAUGGUUUGGUUUUACGCACCAGACACAGAUGCUUCAGUCAGUGGAAACCCGUCAGUCUUCAGCGAGCAGGAGUCCGCGAAGAGGAUUUAAUUAUCUGUCAUAUUAUACAGCAGAGCAGCACAAACCGCUCAGGUCCCGCGCAGACCGACUUUCCUGCGAGCAUCUCGCCGGGCUGCUGGUGCGCACGGAGAGGAGGUCAGCCAGAGGAAGACAUCAUGAGUGACCGACUGAACUGCAAAAACUGUAACGAGUCCCUGUGUGGACGCAAAUACAUCCAGGUGGAGGACAAGCCUCACUGUGUCCCCUGCUACGACCGCCUGUACGCCAACACCUGUCAGGAGUGUAAAGAAAUCAUCGGCCAUAAUGCCAAGGAGCUCUUCUAUGAGAACAGAUACUACCACGCACACUGUUUUCGCUGUUGCCGCUGCGACCGCUCUCUGGCUGACGAGCCCUUCACCAGCCAGGGCGACGCGCUGGUGUGCAGCGACUGCUACUGCAACGAGUUUUCCUCCAAGUGCGUGGCCUGCGACAAGAUAGUCAUGCCAGGGUCAAGGAUGUUGGAGUACGACGGCUCAGCGUGGCACGAGGACUGUUUUAUGUGUCACAGUUGUGAGAAGCCCAUCGGUGCUGAGGCCUUCAUCCCAGAUAAAAACAACUACUACUGUGUGCCGUGUUACGAGGGCAGGGUUGCUCCUCAGUGCAGCCACUGCAAAAAGGCUCUGACUAAAGGAGGGGUGACCUAUAAGGACGAGGUGUGGCACAAAGAGUGUUUCCUCUGCACUGGAUGCAAAGCUCCCCUGGCUGGCCAACCCUUCACCUCACAGGGUGAAAGUCCAUACUGUGUCAAGUGCUUCAGCAGCCUGUAUGCCAAAAAGUGUGCCGCCUGCAACACAGCCAUCACAGGGUUCGGGGAUGGGAAGUACGUUUCUUUUGAGGACCGGCAGUGGCACCAGCCGUGCUUCAAGUGUUCGCGCUGCUCGGUGUCGCUGGUGGGCUCCGGCUUCUUCCCCGACCGCGACCAGAUUCUGUGCACAGACUGCAACAAUGACGACUGACCACCACUGACUACGUCAGUUAACACCUGCAGACAUUGAACACUGCUGAGACCAGCAGUGAAACUUCUAAACCUCAGCCUUGCACAUGAACACUGCGUUAUCACUAAUUUCACUCAGUGCAAAGCUGAUUCAAAGCUCAGUAUUUACAACUCAAAACUCUCAUCAGCUUUUAGCACAUUGAAAUGUAUGUAUAAAUUCUACAGAAAUGUCCUGUGAUGUACGUGUACGACUAAGUUUUUCUUUAUUUUUUGUUAUGUUUUGCACAUCCAAGACUAAAUAGAAUACAGAGAAGAUACAGGUGAAGUUUUAAAUUAAAACUUUGAUCCAUAAAAGUGGCAAUGCACCAACACUUCAUUCAUGACUGCUAGAUAGAACCAAAUAUUUAAAUGUUAUGACUUGACCUAUGCUUUGCAAACCUCUUCCUCCCUUUUUUGAAAAAUAUUCCAGCUUACAGAUCUGUCUUCUUCCUCCACUGCUUGUUGUAUGUAAACUUAUUUGCUGAAAAUGAACUUAUUUUCUUUUCAGCUUACUCCAAUCUUUACUGGUGUACAUUCAAUAAAAAUAUCACAAAGCAAA